AUGUUUUUAGAUAACCAGAAGAACUGGGCUAAUUCCAACUGUUCUGGAGCAAGUUCACGUUUUUACUUCACAAGAACAUUUAACGCCUCGACAGGUGACGACAGUGCUUCCCGAUGUGUGUUUGGCGGUAAUGAAUUGUCUCGAGGUCGGGUUUGCCCAAUCCACAAUUCCUGUUCAACAACGUAUGCAAAGAUUGGGUCAAGCAAUCGUGAUCCUGACGAAUGUUCUGAGCCCGUUCAAAGACGUCAUAGGCGUUUAUUCUCUUGGGCAAAAGAAGAACCAUUGAGAAAUAUAAGAAAUGAACUUUGGACGGGCGACGUUUCAGUGGACAUUCUAAAGAAACCUUUCAAGAUCAACUUUGACACUGGAUCGACCACUUUCUGGGUGGCCUGUGAUUGUGUAAAUGAUCCGAAAAAUACAUGUGCUGGACAUACGACUAUUCUUGAUUGCAAAAAUUCUCCGAUAUGUACGAAAACUUCAGUCGAAUAUUGUGCCGAAUAUGCAGAUAUGAGCAUGGCCACCGGUUUUUGGGUUAAAGAUCGCGUUUGCAUCGAUCAUCUGUGCACCAACAACGAGCAAUGGAUUGGCUGUGCAAACUCUACAACUGUCGGCACUGAUGAAGCCGCAACGGGAGACGGGAUUAUGGGCUUGGCGUACAAUGACGGAUCGAUGAAGUGGUCACCGUUGCAACAGAUAUUCAGAAAGCCCGAAUGUGACGAGAAAGUCUUUGCUUUCUAUCUCGACUCGGAAGCCGAAAAUCGACAAGACAAGAUGAAGCCGUACUCGGAUGAAGAGUCAACGAAUUACUUUUGGAUGAUAAACGUGACGAGCGUGUUGAUCAACGGGGAAAAGGUGUGGAGUGGGGAUGGAAAUAUGUUUCUUGACACGGGUUCGGAAUCUUCGCAGUUACCAACAGUUGCAAUGAGGAGAAUGAAAGAACUGAUAAGCUCUACGAGCGACCCCAAAAACUAUCCAAAAAUCACUUACAUAAUUGAUGGCACUCAUCAUUUCCAUGUACCCUCGGCUGCGUAUUGCGAGGAUUAUUCUGCGAAGCACUGUGGAAUGGGUCUUUUUGCUGAAAAAGACGCCGAAAAUCUCGAGUUUGGAGUUUUGGGCGAUACAUUCUUGCGAGCCAACUAUGCCGUUUUCGAUCCGAUCAAAGGUCGCAUUGGACUUGCGCCAAGUGCA